CUUACCUUGAUGCUAACAGUGGGCAACUGUGUCUCACGCUGAUAUGUGCUUCAACAGAAUCUACGUUCGCUGGCACUUCUGCUAGUGAAAGAAAAAUGUUGAAACCAGAAAUUCCCACUGAAGCUAAGCAAAGUUCUAUCCAACAGAGAAUAGCCCACCUCCUCGGCUACAUUUUCAAGUCAACCAUGGGAGAGGUAGGUAGGUAGGUUAGGUUGAGUGGCUGCCUGGAACGCAACCAUUCACCCACUUUCACGUCCAGCGUGGUAUAAAUUGGCUACAUUGACCUUUUCCCCUAGGCGCAGUCUCAAUCGUUAGUUUGCGAAACACUUAAACGUAGCCACUCUCGCUCACAACCAAACAACCCCUACAGCAGCACUCAGAGUUACCUCGAACCUUCUCGACCGCAACCUUCCAAAGAAUCCUGCAACAACCGCUACUAGAAGUCCUUCUAUCUCGACUGGCCGACAUGGAACCCAUGGCUGAUUCACCAAAGAUCUUCCCAGCAGCCUUAACCUACCCUCAAUCCGAAGAUAUACAUGGUGUAAUGAGGGAGGAAUUCCUAAGAGCUCACUGUCCCUUGGAUCUCAGGCGCACAAAUUCACCACUGAUACUGUCCAGCAUAGGCAAGUUUGAAGAACUCCCGACCGAGAUAUUACUCGAGAUUCUAGAACAACUUCCAUUGCCUUCUUUGCUUCACUUCCGAGAUGUGAAUCGUCAUGCUCGCCAUAUUAUCGAUUGGUUACCUAUGUUUCGAGCCAUUGUUGAUCAAGCUCCACAGGCACUCCUGGGCAUCUUAUCGGUGCAAAUCCGUAUCAACAUCACACUACCGGAGCUAUUCCAGAGGCUUCGUCAACGCUUAUGCGAUCUCUGUGGAGAACCCGGGCAGUACUUAUGGCUGCCAACAGUGUCGCGCCUAUGCCGCAAAUGCUCACGGAAUCUCUCGCUAGUCCCAGUCCCUCUAUUGGCCGAAGAGCUUCUCCGCCGCUAUGAACUUGAACCUAAAGAUUUAGAGGCAAUUAUGUCUUUUUAUUCUCCACCAGCUACAUUCCACAACAACGAAAAUGUUUUCAGAAUCGAAGAGCGGCACAUCGUGUAUGAUACCCGUGCAGCUGCACAGCUGCUAUUCGAUCGAACUGGCAAGACGGUACGACCGAAUCCACUAGAAGAAUGUGCAGUGAUGGACUUACUUUUCCAGAAGCCGCAGUGGGGAACCACCCUUAGGUUCUCCACCUUUCCGCGAGAGCAACGAAAGAAUAUGGCAAUGGUGGUAGCGCCCUGGAUAUCUUACAACGGCUCGGAGAUGGGCGUGUUCUGUACAAUGUGUCUCUACACAGAGGACCAAGACUGUCUAUACCUACCGUCUGAAUUUCACAAACACCUAGACACUUGUCGCGUGCGUCCAAUAAACUGGAGAUCGAAAAUGGAACGCGAGGAGUUUCCCCUAGGGCCUAUACACCUGCACCUUUAUCAUGAAAGAUCAAUUCUUAAGACGCGAUCAUGAUACAAAGAACAAAAGAGAUGACUGAAACUCCUAUAGUUAAGGCAUGUGGACCUACAAGACAAAUACAUAUCCUGUUCGACAACGGACUGCCUGCGCACUUGAUGGAUUAGGGAAAGCCGAGCCUGGGGAGAAUCCCGCCAAUCUACAUCCCUCUUCUCUCUCUUAAAGAUAACAGCGAGGUUCUGGUUCCAUGGAUAAAGUCGUGGACAUGAUAUGAAAUCCUAAGAAUGAGCCUAUAGCUUCACGAC